GUCGGGGGCGCGCGGGGCUCCUCCCGCUCCUCUCGCCGGCUCCUCACUCCAACUGCACCUCCUUCCUCCCGCCACCUCCUGUCUCUUCUCUCGCCGGCUCCUCACUCCAACUGCACCUCCUUCCUCCCGCCACCUCCUGUCUCUUCUCUCGCCGGCUCCUCACUCCAACUGCACCUCCUUCCUCCCGCCACCUCCUGUCUCUUCUCUCGCCGGCUCCUCACUCCAACUCUACCUCCUUCCUCCCGCCACCUCCUGUCUCUUCUCUCGCCGGCUCCUCACUCCAACUGCACCUCCUUCCUCCCGCCACCUCCUGUCUCUUCUCUCGCCGGCUCCUCACUCCAACUGCACCUCCUUCCUCCCGCCACCUCCUGUCUCUUCUCUCGCCGGCUCCUCACUCCAACUGCACCUCCUUCCUCCCGCCACCUCCUGUCUCUUCUCUCGCCGGCUCCUCACUCCAACUGCACCUCCUUCCUCCCGCCACCUCCUGUCUCUUCUCUCGCCGGCUCCUCACUCCAACUCCACCUCCUUCCUCCCGCCACCUCCUCCUCUGGCCGCCCCCUCCCGCUCCUCUUCACUCCUCCUCCUUCCUCCCGCUCCUCCCGCCGGCUCCUCCCGGGGCGGGCGCUCCGGCCGCGGCCGUGUCAGCCCAGCCACGGCGGCAGCGAGCAUGUCCUCCAGUAGGGCCAAGAAAGUGAAGAUGGCCACCAAGUCCUGCCCCGAGUGCGACCAGCAGGUUCCUGUUGCAUGUAAAUCAUGUCCCUGUGGCUACAUAUUUAUCAGUCGAAAACUCUUGCACGCUAAACGUGCUGAGAGAUCACCACCCAUCACAGAAAACAAGAGUGAGGCCAAAAGGAGACGGACAGAGAGAGUUAAACGAGAGAAGAUAAAUUCUGCAGUAAAUAAAGACUUAGAAAACCGAAAAAGAUCCAGGUCUAACAGCCAUUCAGACCAUAGCAGACGAGGAAGAGGAAGACCUAAGAGUGCCUCAGCGAAAAAACACGAGGAAGAAAGAGAGAAACAAGAAAAAGAAGUUGACAUGUAUGCUAACCUUUCAGAUGAAAAGGCCUUCGUAUUUUCAGUGGCCUUGGCGGAAAUAAACAGAAAAAUUAUCAAUCAAAGACUUAUUCUCUAACUUGUGAGCACAAUCUGAUGCAGUUUUAUGCAGGAUGGCUAGCAGAUUUCCAAGGUGCCAUGGACUCUCGGAAAGUGUGUUGUCUGCACCAACAAGGACCAUAGCAUUUCCUGUUAGAAAUUCUACUCCUGUUCUUGGAAAUCAAAUUCUGUCUCUACAAAUCAUAAAGUGGUCACAAGAUUGUGCUGUGAAAAAUCAGAAAGCAGAUAUGUUUCACGCCUUGAAGACAAAUGCUAGACAAAUGCACAGAGAGACUGCACCCAUUCCAGAGCACUUCUUUUGAAUUUGCUGCCAGAAAUGCAAUAUUUUAAAUAUUUUCAGAAAUAAAUGAUUUUCCUUUAAAAUUAUAUAUUUCAGAUUUUUCAGCUAUAUUGCAGUUUACAUAUGUACAGUUCACAUAACUUUUUAAUAAAUUGAUAUUCCAGUAUUUUAUUGAA